AGAUAUUCAGUCGCUACUAGCAACUCAAUUGAAAAUCAUCUUUUGAUAAAAAAUUCUAACGGUAAAUUUAGAAGAAAUUUUCCGCGUUCGCUUAAUUCUAUAGAGAAGUUGAACGUGUUGAGAGUGUGUUUGUGUUACGAGUGCGGUAAUAAAUUUAAAAAUUUAUUUUUCUUCUUAUAAACUACAGCCCAGUGUGUAGUUUUUCUUAAUUUAUUUUUUUUUUAUAAUACAAAAGAAAACUAAUAAAUUUCAUCUGAUCAUCAUGUUGUUCAUGUGUCACCAAAUGGCCAUGAAGAAGGAAGCCAAUGAAAAACAAAAGGCCGAGGAAUUGCGAAGACAACAAGUGGGUGUUGGUGUACCAAUUAUCUGGCUUUUGGGUGGUCCCGGUUGCGGCAAAGGUACCCAAUGUGCCAAAAUUGUGGAGAAAUAUGGUUUCGUCCAUUUGAGUAGUGGUGAUUUGUUGCGUGAUGAGGUUGCUUCUGGUUCUGAAAAGGGCAAGGAAUUGGCCGCCAUCAUGAAAGAGGGUAAAUUGGUAUCCAAUGAUGAUGUUUUGGGUUUGCUCGAGAAGGCUAUACGUGAGAGAUUGAGCGGAGCUAAGGGUUUCUUGAUCGAUGGUUAUCCUCGUGAAAAGGAUCAAGGUGUUGCCUUUGAAAAGAAAAUCGCUCCCGCUGAUUUAGUCAUGUUCUUUGACUGUCAAGAUGCCACUUUGGUUUCUCGUGUUAUGGCCCGUGCUGCUGCCUCUACCGAGAAACGUGCCGAUGAUAACGAAGAAACCAUUAAGACCCGUAUUGCCACCUUCAGAUCGAACACCAAUGAUAUUUUGUCUCAAUACACUGAUAAAACUUUAGUGAUCAAUGCUGAACGCGGUGUCGAUGAAAUUUUCAAUGAUGUCACCUGUGCCUUGGACUGUUUGAUACAAAAGAAAGCUGUUGCCGUUGCACAAGCAUAAAACUGAAGUCUCGAAUUAAUUUAAUUUAUAACUAUUUUUUGUUCUAGUUUUAAAACUCUCAAACCAAAGAAAUUAAAUAAAAAAAAAAAAACACAAAUUUUCAAAAUAGUAAAUGAAAGAAUUUAAAUAAAAGUCACAAAGAUUUGCCUCUAAAUAAAUCUGAAUCUGUUUACAGAUACAGAAAAUUAACAACAAUAA